GAGGAGGGAAAGGGGAGGAGGGAGGGGGCCGCCGAGCCGACCGCAGGGAGCCGGGCACAGGGAGCACCGGAGGGCGGAGCGGAGCGCGGCCAGCAGCGGGCGGCGGGCGAGCGACCCCACAGCAGCCCCUACAUCUCUGCUGCCUGUGACCGCGCCUGCCCCCGGGGCCCACGGCGGCCUGGCGCACGAGCGCUGACCUCUGCGGAGGCGGCGCGGGCUCAGCAUCGGGCCGGGGCCGGGAGGGGCACCGGGGCCGGGGGGAGGCGCUCCGGCCCGGCCCGGCCCCGCCCGAUGUCCAUGAGUGCGAACACCAUGAUCUUCAUGAUUCUGGGGGCGUCGAUCGUGAUGGCCAUCGCGUGCUUGAUGGACAUGAACGCGCUGCUGGACCGAUUCCAUAACUACAUCCUCCCGCACCUGCGGGGCGAGGACCGCGUCUGCCACUGCAACUGUGGCCGGCACCAUAUCCACUACGUGAUCCCAUACGAUGGGGACCAGUCGGUGGUGGACGCAUCUGAGAACUACUUUGUGACAGACAAUGUGACCAAGCAGGAGAUCGACCUAAUGCUGGGGCUGCUUCUGGGCUUCUGCAUCAGCUGGUUCCUGGUGUGGAUGGACGGUGUCCUGCACUGUGCUGUGCGUGCCUGGAGGGCUGGUCGGCGCUAUGAUGGCUCGUGGACCUGGCUGCCCAAGCUGUGCAGCCUGCGGGAGCUGGGCCGGCGGCCACACAGGCCCUUCGAGGAGCCUACAGGGAACAUGGUGCACGUGAAGCAGAAGCUCUACCACAACGGCCACCCCAGCCCACGGCACCUGUGAGUGCACAGGACUCGGGGCUGGCGUGCACAUGUAAAGGGACCUCGUGGACGCUCAGCUGGCAAGACGGGACUGCGGCCUCAGGCCCAGGGUAUGCUGGGCUGUGGCCAGCUGGGCUGUGGCCAGCAGGCAAAUCCAGUGGAAGGUGCUGUCUCUUCUUUUUAUAAAGGGGGUCGGGUGGGGGCUGGGGUCGGGAUGGCCACUGGGCUUCAGGGACAGCAACCUGGUUUCCACAGUGAGGACACAAAGGCAGGCUUUUAGAGGUGCUGGGGCCAAGGGUGGUGGGUUCACAAUAGGGACAGACAUGGCCUGGAUCACGCUAUCCUAAGGCCACAUCUCAUUGAAAGCCACUGUUUCCUGUGCACCUGUUGUCCAUCCGUCCGUCUGGAGGGGAGGGAUGUUGUCAGGGCCUGCGCCCAUCUGCACACGGGAGCAUGUGCAUGGGGCGUGUGCGACUGGAGGACUGGAGGGUGGGACUGGAAGGGCGGGCCCCCAGCAGCAAUAAAGAUGUGGUGGCCCCAGGUGUCCCAGCCCUCACUGUGAAGCCCACCCUGCCUGGCCAGUAAAUUCUCCAGAAAGCUCCA